CCGCCUCCUUCCCUCAAUUCGUCACUUCCGUUCGCAGUACCACGGAAGCCAAUGUCCUGGAUGUGAGCACGAGCCAGGGUUUGAAAAAUGCCGAAGUUUUACUGUGAUUACUGCGACACGUACCUGACCCACGACUCGCCGUCCGUGAGGAAGACGCACUGCAGCGGGCGCAAGCACAAGGAAAACGUUAAAGACUAUUACCAGAAGUGGAUGGAGGAGCAGGCCCAGAGCCUUAUUGACAAAACGACUGCUGCAUUCCAGCAAGGGAAGAUCCCAGCCACACCCUUUCCUGGGGCUCCACCCCCUGGUGGAGCAAUGCUUCCACCUCCAAACAUCAGUGGACCACCACGUCCUGGAAUGCUUCCUGCACCCCCUAUGGGUGGUCCUCCCAUGAUGCCAAUGAUGGGCCCCCCUCCACCUGGUAUGAUGCCUGGUGGACCAGCUCCAGGUAUGCGUCCCCCCAUGGGCGGCCCUAUGCAGAUGAUGCCACCUGGACCACCCAUGAUGAGGCCCCCUGCCCGGCCCAUGAUGGUGCCCCUCCGACCUGGACUUUUGUGAGCGUAAACAGCGAAGCAGACAGCAGUUAACCAUUCAGACUCCCAAGAAGCCAACCCACCCACCAAGAACCUUUCUGUCCUGCACUGGUCUCCCUUUGAAGCCGAAGCACAGUUCAACAGAAGUGUGGGCCUCGUUGUGCUGCUUUCUAUUUGACAAACAUCCAUCACUUGUUUUUUGAUUUAUUUGAAAUGUUUAGUGUCAUUAUAUUUAAUGCUGUGUGAUUUCAGCUGAUGUCAUCAAAAUGUUGUAAAUGCAAUAAGCAGUUAUUUUGGAUGACAGUUAUACAAUUUUAAAGUAUGGUUAUUUUUUUCAGUUUCACUAUACUUGAAUAGGAUAGCCUUAUUUUUCUGCCUGCUAUUAACAUCACACGUAAUUAGCGACUUAUGUGAGCAUGGUCAUUAUGGCUGAAAAGGAUACGUCUCAUUAGAUACUUAAUUUUUUGUAGUAUGAUGUUUAUGGUUUGUAUA